UGGAUGUUGAAGCUACCUGCUUGUUUCCUAGCUCUGGGGUCAGUGAUUGCAAUGCAUCUAUUGGCCAUGAUGAUAAUCACUUCGUGCACAGCCACGAUAGCCUUUCACAUUGCGACGAGCAGCAGCAGCCAGCAGCAGCAAAGCCACUCGCAAGCCAGGCAAGGGCGAUGGCACCCACUGCACCCACUGACCUCUACCGUGUUUUUGAUGGCCAGGUCAAAAUUGGCCAAAACACAUUCAUGGCUUUAGAGAAAUUGGAGCACAUCAUGCGGAACACGAGUGACGGGAAGUUCUGCCGGGAGCUCGCCCGGCACUUCUGGCUUACAGCUGAAGCUGCCAAAUGCAGCUUGACAGGUCAGGCAUGCCGGAGCCUAUCUACAGGCAUAAUGAAGCUUCAGGCCACCCCUGAAAAAGUGGAGAUGAUGGAAGGGUGCCUGAAGCAGUUUGUGGCAGCAAACAAACAGCCAGGAAAACCGGAGGACGUCCGCGUCAAAGCUGUGCGUCGCUACCUGCGUGGAUUCUUUACGGAAGCCGGCAGGCAACGAAAGAGAAUACGGAACACUACCAAAGAAUGAGCCAUCUUAAUAAAUGUACAGUUAAUGAGCAAGCCUGUAAGCUUCUUAUUGUUAUAUAUAAAUUAACCAUGGUGCUUGUUGUUUGUCAAAACAAAUUCAAUGCAAAGUAAGUCAAUUAAAAAUGUUUUUGUUGUAAA